GGAAUAUGAUACGAAGCUUUUUGUGCGGAUGGCACAGGUGAUGCUUCGAAAAGUUCACGUCGCAAGCAUCCCUCACCUAGUUCGUUGUUGUGCCUCCUUUAGUCGCUUGAGUUUUCGAGAUGACAGGCUUCUCUACGUAGUUGGACGACGCGUGAGGAAAUUCUUGAAAGACGACGAAACAAGUCCUAGAAAUGUCCUGGGAAAUGCUGGUAUUACAGGAAUAGGAGACGCAAACUUGUACUUGGCUGGCACAAGGAGCGAGGGUGGCACGGAACAUUAAGGCUACCCUUAUAAUCCAUCCCUACUCAGGCAUCAGUACAGGCAUCCACAGGUAUGCUGCGUAGGAGUGAUGGAUUAGCGCUCACUUUAAGAGCAAGAUGACGAAGAUGCACUCCUGUCGCCUCCACCUCGCUUUUUUGACUCACCUGCAGUAACAAUGUCGGUUUUGUCACAGCUAUUGGAGGUCUAUGCUCGCGUCAAUUACUGCGACCCACCUUUAAGGCUAGCCUCGAAAUAAAAGAUUUGUAUCAUCUCUAUGUAUGAGGAAAUCGGGUGGCCAAUCCGCCAUCGCCUCUGGUCGCCAGCCACUCCCAGCCCUUCAAAUUAACUAGUUAGUUUAAACUAGCUAGUUAAGAUAAGUUGGCUUUCUUUAGAAAUUUUUUUUUCCAGGGCAUGGAAAUUUGAGGAUGAUGAGUUUUUUUAUCUUAAUGAAUAAAAGAUUUGUAUCAUCUUCGUUGGGGUGAGUGUGGUUUGGACUCGCUAGUAUCCUGAGUCGCGACUGCUGUUGUGUUUAAAUCUUAUGCUCUGAGGAAAUCGGCAGGCCAAUCCAAAGAGAAGGACAAGCAUUCACCAUUCACCCAGGUCAAGCUGAUCAAAAAGAGACUACCGCUAACACUUCUGCUGCGUAGGGUCUUUCGCUAUUCCUACGACGAGCGACACAGGAUUUACCUAGAGAGUAGAGCCACGAUCGCACGCGUCGCGUACUACAUGCAUUGGCUUGGCGUCUGGCAUGAGCCGUUUUGCAACUACCUAAGGCACGAAUUCCUUCACUCGCCAGACUUUGAAGACGAAUGCCCCUUAGUUGCCCUAGAGUACGACACAGAAGACCCGCGAGAAGUGUGGAACCAACAGUAUCGCACUGGAGGAAGGGUGCUUCAUCGCUUGCGUCAAAGACGAGCAGAAUGGCGAGAAAAGAAACUGGUGGAACGAAGUAGAGGACUUCGCAGUAGUACGCAUCAUCAAUUGUUAGAGGGACAGGGGGAUCGAGAGUGCCAGAAUAGAGAUAUGAAUCACCCUGAUGAUCACGUAGACCAGAAUCUUCAAAACAGUGUUCUUGAAAAACUUGAUGAAGACGAUGUUAACAGCAAGAUACCUGUGUUAGCCUCCAGUCUCAAGCCACCUAGUCAGAUACGUGCAGAGAAUUUAUCGGGAUUGAUUUUGGCUCGGGCGACGACCUUAGCGUUCAGUGCGUUUGGCCAUCACGAUGUCCGGUUUUUGGACCAGUUGCUAGCUUUGUAUCAACGCUGCUUGGAGAAGAAGACGGAUAAGACUGUAGAAUUCACGCAAAAUUUCGCAUGUAAACGCUUUGUUACUGCUUUAGUGGCCUGCAGAUGGUCUGGAGCGGAUUUUGGGAAUUUUUAUGAAUGGAUGAUACAGAAUUUGUAUUUGAACUGUUUGUUUUGAUGAAGUACUAUUUGGUCCUUUAUUUCUUGCACAGUGAGCAUUCUGUCCUCAACAGGUUGGUUGACAUAACAAUGUAAGCUUCUCCUCUACUUCUCACUCCUCUCUUCAUACCACAACCCUGCAAACCUUACGCGACUUAAUGCCCGAUAUGGUUGGUCCUGCGGCAGCCUCUUUCCUCGCAGAAGUUCCAGAGCCUCGCGAGGGUGGAAAAAAGCUGUUGUCUUUUUGUCCUUACUCAAUCGUAGUACCCAGUUCGAAACAGAUGCUGUCAACGGAGCCUGAAGCAGACACGAAUGUCUCCUCCUCAGUGUUGCACGAAGAGGUGUCAGCUGCAAUAGAGAAGGUGCGUGAAGAGGAGGCAGAAACAGUAGGUAGUGUUAAGGGGGAGAAGUUGACAUCUCUAUGAGCAUUCCUAUGGUUUCUUCAAUUAGGAAGCCCAUAGAUAUGCGAGCUAGAGCGGUCAACUUUCGACCUCUAAUAGUGAGAAUAUUUUUGGGAACAACCAGGCGAAAGAUCGAAGGUUUGAGCAUUUUUGUGGACUUUACUUUGUUGAUACAUUAUUUCCUGCGCCUUCUGGACCUGUACGGUCAUUCACGGAUAGUUCGUCGUGUUUUGAGUAGCGUGCUUCAUAUCUGAAAUUCUUGAUAGAUUGAGACUCGUCGCAACCGAGCUCUUUACCAUUGACGGGUCGUAGGCUUUCGAGAGGCGGGGAAUGUUGACAUUUUUCGUUGAGGUAGACUUUUCGUUUCCGG